GAAAAUAUUGAAUAUUUUUGCCAAUACUUUGAUUUUUGUCUUUGCUGGAGUAAUAAUUAGUGUUUAUGUAGCAGAAUAUCAUGACCUCUGGGAUACAAUAUUUAUUUUGAUUACAUAUUUUGGGAUAAACAUCAUAAGGUUUCUCAUGGUUAUUAUUUUUUAUCCAAUUUUGUAUUGGACAGGAUAUAGCUUGACAUACCAAGAAAGUAUUAUUCUUGCUUGGAGUGGACUGCGUAGUGGUUUUUGCCUAACAUUAGCUUUAUUGGUUGCUUUUGAUCCUGAAUUUCCCGAAUCUGAGAAUGCUAGCAAGAUUUUAGUGCAAGUUUCUGGAGUUAUUGUUUUAACUCUUCUUGUUAAUGCAAACACAGUUAAACUUAUGAUGAAACUUUUAAGAUUCAAACAACUGACAUUUGUGGAUCGAUUGUCAAUGGGUAAUGCAUUAAUAAGUGCUACUGAUAUAAGAGAUAAAUCUAUUAGAGGCUGCAAGCGGGAUUGGAAAUAUGGUAGAGCUGAUUGGAAUUGGCUGUUGCAAAAAACUUGUAUGCAUGAUCCUUAUAAAGGUGGUUUGUAUGGUGAUGAAAGCUGUAUGAGCAGCCUCUUUCUUCCCUAUGGAACCUGCCAUGAAUGUGUUGAUCAAACAUUACCUUAUGAGCCGAAUGAAAAUGAAUUAAUACAAUUAAAAGUUGCCUCUUGCUGUAGAGUGUUGAGAGCUUUGAAGGGUAAUUUACUAAAGCAAUUUCGAAAAGGUCUCAUUCAGCGAAGAACUCUGAAACUUCUUUGUACUGCAAUUGAUAGCACUUCUGAUACUCCUUACUUGUAUCUUAGAACAAAAGAUAUUAUAAAGUUAGUGAAGAUUAAAAGCCUUGUUUCCAGUUUGGCAAUGAAAACUUCUGAAUGGAUAGAGUUGUUGGAGUUACGUAACUUGCCUUUACGUUCAAUAAAGCAACUUCAACGCUCUGAAAGUCAUAAUAGACUUCGUCGUAUUUCUGUCUGGCUUUAUUUUAAGUGGUGGUUCGAACCUCUUACCAAUAUCAUAAUAUUCUUAAAUCUCCUACAACUUACAGCUCACUUCCUCUGCUUAUAUUUUUAUAUAUUGAAAAAUAUAUGUGACAAGUAUCAAACUCAAAUCAGGAUAUUUACUUUUCUCUUUGCUCUCUUUUAUGUGUUUGAAACCUUUAUAAUGAUUUUGGCUUUGAACUGGGGCUGUUUUUUUAAGUAUAAAAGGAAUAUAUUUGAUCUGCUGAUUUCUUGCAUUGCUGUACUUGAUGGCUUUACUGAUUUUUUUAUUAUGACUUAUUAUCCUAAUAAACACAGUAUUUACAAUCAUGUUAGGAUCGUCAUAAUUUUGAGACUACGGAUAUGCUAUGUGUCAAGGGUUUUGUUACAAAAAUGUUUGUCUGUGAUUAGACACCUGGCAUCUGUACACCUUUACUAUUCAUAUGAUCUAGGUAGAGGUUUCCUUUUUGCAAAUGAACAUGUGUUGAAAAAUAUUGAAACAAUUGUUGAUUUCAAACCUUGUGCAAAAGAGGCUUCUGAAAUAUGCAUUGAAAACAUCAAAGAGCUUUUAGAAAUGUUAAUGGAUUUGGAAGAAAAACACCCAACAAUUGCUGUUGCGUUAAAAACAAAUAGAGCUGCACGAGGAAGUUUGAACAGAGUUAAAGCAGUUCUAGAUGGUUUGAAGGGAAAGUCAGACAUCAGUGGACAUGGCAUUCAAGAGUUGCACAAAAUACAUUUUGAAAUGACUAAAAGUAUAGCCUUUGCUCCAAGAACUCGGAAAAUUGUGAAGGAUGUCCCUAGUGUUUUGGAAGCAGUAGACUGGAUUCGCAAUUCUCAAAUGUUGCAGAUUAUUAAUGAAAACCACAUUGUGCUUGGUUUUAAGGAGGGAGAUGUUAUACAAGAUUAUCAAGAUAACCAUUCUGCUAUAUUUGUUAUUGCUAGAGGAAUAGUAAAAGUAACAGGGAGAAAAUCGGAUAUGAAGAAUAUUAACAUAUACAACCAACUGCCCAACUCUGAUACCUAUGAUAUGUUUAAAGAGAAGGGAAAAUCUCAAGUGUGUGAAUAUUUAACAUCAUCUCGAACAAUAGGAUUAUUAGGCUAUCUCCAGCAAACCAAGUCUGUAACUGCCGCAGUGUGUGAAAACGAUUGUGAGAUGAUACAAAUUGAAACUUCUUUUCUGAAAAAUGCAGAGAGGGAGAAUAAACAUCUUAUAUAUUGCAUGUGGAGAAGCGUAGCUUUAAAUGUUGCUGCAGUUAUUUUAAAAAGUCAGCGUCGAUAUAUUAAUUGUGCUGAUGAUAUUCUUGAUGCUCGUCUUCACAGAGGAAUUCUUCCUGACAUGCAGGAGAUAACUAACUUGGACAUCCCAUCUGUUAUCGACGAUAUGAUUCUAGUUCAGGGGAGAGCAAAAGAUGUCAGCACAUCAGUCAUUUUUAAUGGACCAACUUAUAUUCAAAACAGUUAUCGAAAUCUCAUACUGCUUGAUGAUGUUAUAAAAAGACCUCCUGUGAUUAUUGUUCUAUUCCCUGAUGAGAAGUAUGACUUCAGUGUCUGUAAUCACUGGACCAAUGUUGCUGAAAUAGGAUGUUCUAAUAUAUGCCACAAACAUAACUGUAACAAAUCGUUGUAGAUGGUAAAGUAAUAUUCUUUAUAAAAUGUUUGACUUUUU